AUGAUGAUGAUGAUGAAGCGUCAUCCAUUAAAGCUUCCCCACUUGCGCACACGCUUUGCAAAUCUACAUUCUCUCCUGUUAUCCCCUUAUGGAACUACUUCUUGUGCGAAGUUGCCGGAGGAACACAACCCUGUGUCGAAUAUGUUGAUCGAUUCCUUCGGAAGGCAUCACACUUACUUGAGGAUCUCCUUGACAGAGCGGUGCAAUCUGCGAUGUCAAUACUGUAUGCCAGCCGAGGGUGUCAGCCUCACUCCUAACUCUAACAUUCUCUCACACACUGAGCUCCUUCGAUUGGCUGGUCUGUUCGUAAGCUCCGGAGUGGAUAAGAUUCGUUUGACUGGAGGGGAGCCAACCGUGAGGAAAGAUAUCGAAGACAUCUGCUUGCAGUUGUCUAACUUGAAGGGAUUGAAGACCCUAGCUGUCACUACUAAUGGCAUUACUCUUGCAAGGAAACUUCCCAAGCUGAAAGAAUGCGGCCUUAGUGCUGUCAAUAUUAGUUUAGACACCCUGGUCCCUGCAAAGUUUGAGUUUCUGACAAGGCGUAAAGGGCAUGAAAGGGUUAUGGACUCGAUUAAUGCUGCCAUUGACCUCGGUUACAAUCCUGUUAAGGUAAAUUGCGUUGUAAUGCGCGGGUUCAACGAUGAUGAGAUUUGUGAUUUUGUGGAGCUGACACGUGAAAAGCCAAUUAACGUUCGAUUCAUUGAGUUCAUGCCUUUUGAUGGAAAUGUAUGGAAUGUUAAGAAACUUGUACCCUACGCGGAAAUGUUGGAUAGAGUGGCAACACAUUAUACAGGCCUGAAAAGACUUCAGGAUCACCCAACUGAUACUGCCAAGAAUUUCAGGAUAGAUGAUUAUCUUGGUACAGUUUCUUUUAUUACAUCAAUGACUGAGCAUUUUUGUGCUGGUUGCAAUAGAUUGCGACUCUUAGCUGAUGGGAACUUCAAAGUUUGCUUGUUUGGUCCUUCAGAGGUCAGCUUAAGAGAUCCCCUUAGGCAGGGUGCUGAUGAUCAUGAACUAGCAGAAAUUAUUGGUUCAGCGGUGAAGAGGAAGAAAGCAUCGCAUGCUGGAAUGUUUGACAUUGCAAAGACAGCAAAUAGGCCGAUGAUACAUAUCGGUGGCUAAUGGUUUGUAUCCCUCUUAAAUGGAAGUUUCUGUAACCAAGCUCUUUGGCUCUGUAGAAUAUGAAGUUGCAUGUGAGGAGCAUACACAGAGGCAUUCUGUAUUUGCUUAAAAAACAUUCUGCUAUCUCGUUACAAGAGGGACCGAGGGAGAACAAUACGGUGAUGUCAAUUUGUUGCUGGGCUUAUGGAUUACUAGGAGAAGGCAAUGAGAUAUCAGUACCAUAUCUUACUCUUAAUAUCCUUGCGAUGAUGGCGUUAUGCUGUAACAAACCUUUUUCUUUUUCUUAGAACUAGCCAGUAAAGAACUGGUGUCUGGUUUUUUUUUUUUGGGUAAUUAAAACUGGUGUCUGGUGGCUAGGCUGAACCAGUAUGAGUUAAACACAACGGGUUUAUUUUGCCUCAAUCAUUAAAUUUGAUUUUUUAACCUCCUAGAUAAACACAUUAGUGAAAGCUUCCAUCUUCUUUGCUC